CGUGCGCAUGCGUCUUGAACACACAGGAAGGAGCCUCACGGAGACUAAUGGAGGAGUUGGCGGUGCCCGGUGUGCCAUUACCAAUGUUUCUACCCAUGACAUCGCAGCCUUCGAGGACUCUUUGAACGUUUCUCUUUUUCGCCAUUUUACGUUUCGGUCUAUGGGAAGCUGAGCCGCCGCGCUGUCCGUUCGCCGGAGAUGGCCCGGAGGCUCCCCAGCUGGGCCCUUGCCUGGUGUCUUCUCACGUUGCUGAACCCGCUCCAGAUGGUCCCAUGCUGGGCUAAUACUGUGUCCCUGUCUGAAAACCUCCUGUUUGUGUCCACGCUGGAAGGGAACCUGCAUGCUGUCAGCAAGAGCUCAGGCUCCAUCAAGUGGACCCUAAAAGAAGAUCCGGUACUUCAGGUGCCCACACACGUCACAGAGCCCGCGUUUCUGCCCGAUCCGAAUGAUGGCAGCCUAUACUCCCUGGGGGGGAAAAACAGCGAGGGACUGACGAAACUGCCCUUCACAAUCCCCGAGCUUGUUCAGGCGUCACCCUGUCGCAGCUCUGACGGGGUCCUCUACAUGGGUAAGAAGCAGGACCUGUGGUACGUGGUGGACCCGCUGACUGGGGAGAAGCAGCAGACACUGACGUCUUCCUUUGCCGAGAUGCUCUGCCCCUCUUCCUCGUUGCUCUACCUGGGUCGUACAGAAUACACCAUCACGAUGUACGACACCAAGAACCGGGAGCUGCGCUGGAACGCCACCUACUCCGACUAUGCUUCCACGCUGCCCGACGACGACAACAAAUACAAGCUGGCCCACUUUGUGUCCAACGGCGACGGCCUGGUGGUGACCGUGGACAGCGAGUCGGGCGACGUGCACUGGGUGCAGAAUUACAACUCGCCCGUGGUGGCCAUGUACAUCUGGCAGCGGGAGGGCCUGCGCAAGGUGCCACAAACCAACUUCGCCGUGGAGACGCUGCGUUACCUCACCUUCAUGUCCGGGGAGGUGGGCCGCAUCACCCAGUGGAAGUACCCUUUCCCCGAGGAGAAGAAGCCCAAGAACAAGCUGAUGUCCACACUUUACGUGGGAAAGUACUCCACCAGCUUAUACGCGUCCCCAUCCUUGGUGCACGAUGGUGUCACUGUUGUGCCUCGCGGUAGCACCUUCCCUCUGCUUGAGGGCCCCAGCCAGUCGGAAUUCACCAUCCAGGAUGACAAAGAAUGUGUCAUCACCCCCAGCAUUGACGUCAAGCUCACCGACGGCCUGAAGCCUCGCAGUCGCUUCAAUUUCAUGAGCAACUACCUGCUUCUUAUCGGUCACCACGAAACCCCCCCGAAUGCUCACAAGAAGAUUCUGGAAAGAUUCCCUGGGAGCUUCCCACGGCAGCCGGGCAACGUCAUCCCUCCGAGCACGGAGGAGCCAAUCGAGGAGAAGGUGAACGAAAGUGACAGGGGAGACGACGCGGCUCAAUCGCCAACCACCUCCAUCCAGGAGAAGCCCUCCAGGCAGGUACGGGUGGAGGCCCCCGUGGACAGCAUGCUCAAGGACAUGGCCACCAUCAUCUUUAGCACCUUCCUCUUGGCUGGCUGGCUGGCCUUCGUCAUCACGUACCCAAAGACCGUACACAAGCAGCAGCAGCUGCAACAUCAGCAGUUCCAGAGGCAGAUGGAAGAGAAGUUGGAACUCAUCCAGAAGCAGCAGUUGGUUUUUCAGCCGCCCUCCGACAUGCCCCUGGACGGGGACUUCCUGGAUGUGGCGAGAGCACGGGCCGAGGGCUCCAACCACAGCAGUCCAAGCCUCACCCCCAGGGCCUCCAACCACUCCAACCUAUCAGUGUCAGAGAUCAGCGGCUCGGCCAACGAGCAUGAGGAAGGAGAUGAAGAUUCAAACUGUAUCCGGGUUGGAAACAUUACCUUCAACCCUAAAAAUGUGCUGGGACAUGGAGCUGAGGGAACCAUUGUGUACAAGGGUAAGUUUGACGACCGGCCGGUGGCAGUGAAGAGGAUCCUUCCGGAAUGCUUCAGCUUCGCCGACCGUGAGGUUCAGCUUCUGCGCGAGUCGGACGAGCACCCCAACGUGAUCCGCUACUUCUGCACCGAGAAGGAGCGGCAGUUCCACUACAUCGCCAUCGAGCUGUGCGCCGCCACGCUGCAGGAGUACGUCGAGCAGAAGGACUUUGACCGGCAUGGUCUGGAACCAGUGACACUGCUGCAGCAGACCAUGUCUGGCCUGGCGCAUCUUCACUCGCUGAGCAUCGUGCACAGGGACCUGAAACCCCACAACAUCCUGGUGUCCAUGCCCAACGCACACGGCCGGGUCAGGGCCAUGAUUUCUGACUUCGGCCUGUGUAAGAAGCUGGCUGUGGGCAGACACAGCUUCAGCAGGAGGUCGGGGGUGCCCGGUACGGAAGGCUGGAUCGCCCCGGAGGUCCUCAGCGAGGAAAGCACGGCCAAUCCCGUGAGUACCAAUGGCGGCGCGUGCUGUAUUGCGGUCUGCUCGGACCGGCACAUCACUAGGCGUGCUCACAGUCAGGCCGGUGCUGUUCCCCCCCCACAGACGUGCACGGUUGACAUCUUCUCGGCGGGCUGCGUGUUUUACUACGUCGUGUCGCAAGGCAGUCACCCCUUCGGCAAGUCCCUGCAGAGGCAAGCCAACAUCUUGGCGGGGGCCUGCAGCCUGGACAGCCUCCAGCCGGACAGACACGAUGACAUAGUCGCUGCAGACCUGAUCCUGCAGAUGCUGAGCAUGGAGCCUCAGCGAAGGCCGCCGGCGGACAGCGUCCUCAAGCACCCCUUCUUCUGGAGCCUAGAAAAGCAGCUGCAGUUUUUCCAGGAUAUCAGCGACAGGAUAGAGAAAGAGCCGCUAGAUGGGCCAAUCGUGCGGCAGCUGGAGAGGGGGGGCAGGGCGGUGGUGAAGGGGGACUGGAGGGAGCACAUUACUGUGCCUCUGCAGACAGAUCUGAGGAAGUUCCGGUCAUAUAAGGGGGGGUCCGUCAGGGAUCUCCUCCGUGCCAUGAGGAAUAAGAAGCAUCACUACAGGGAGCUGCCUGAAGACGUACAGGAGACUCUGGGCUCCAUUCCCGAUGACUUUGUUUCCUACUUCACCUCCCGCUUUCCGCAACUGCUGCAGCACACCUACCAGGCUAUGCGCAUAUGUGCGUCGGAGCGACCCUUCCUGGCCUAUUACCACAGCUCAGUGGAUCCUGCACAAAUACGGGCCGGUGCAGAGCCCACAGAGACCAUCGAGGCGCCCAUGUGAGAUGGCGCAAGGGAAACAGGGCAUUGGGUUUUGGAUUUCUUGCCUUACCGAUAUGCAUUCCAGGACUGGCUGCCUUUUUCCCCUGCGCUGUGGAGGAGCGGGCCUGCAGUGCCUGUGACUCGACACCAGAGGGAGCAUCUCCUGUUUUCAAGUGCCUGUGAUUUGACGGAGGGCCUGCAGGUGGAGCUAGAGAGUCAGCACUCCUCUAUGAGGAGUCAGAGCGGAGCAUAAUCCAGGCAGUGCCUCACACAGGCCUCUGGAAAUACGAAUGAUGUGGGUAUUAUUAGUGUUAGAUGCAUUGAAAAUAAUGAACUGUCACUUCACUACCUGCAGAGCACAGUGGUUUGACCAGUACAUCAGCAACUGUUUGGGGACUUUGGGAAAUAUGUACUGUGCAAUUAUGGAGUUACUCAGUUCUUUUUCCCCCUCUAGUGGGUGAAUUAACUUAUUUUUAUAAACUGUCUUGAGUGUAUGAAAUACUCCCAGAGCACCUUAUCUUCCUGUCACAACUUGCUUCUUUCGGCACGUGUGAGUGUCCCCAGAGUGGUUUCUUUUCCACACGGUGAUGAUCUUUAAACCCGCUUUUGAGUUGGUGAGACAACAGGGUAGCGGUGAUGUGGGUUGCAGUCUGUAGGUCAUUCUCUUUAUUACAACAUUAUUUUAGUAAGACUGCAGGUGGUCUAAGUGAAACCAUAUUCCAUGAGAAUUUUACCAGGUGUUUCAUAUCUGUAUGCCAAGCUUCAUAAGGGACACAGUAUUUGGUUUCAAUAGAUUCCGCAUUCUUGCCAGCUAUGGAAAGGGUUGGCUGACUUGGUGGCAAUAUAGUGAACAAACAGAUAUGAACUGAAUCAUAAAGUACCAAAUGUAUACUGUAUAAAGAAUGGGUACAAGUUUUUAAAAGAGCUACGAUAUAAUAAAUAAAGGUAUACUUAAUUGUAUCUGCGAGCUGUGCUUGUGGAGAAAGGUAGCCUGUAGGAAGUGCUUAGAGAUGGAUUUUCAUGCUGCCACAAGCAGGUGAAAUGUUCAGCAUACAUGGAAGAUGCUUUGCAUUAAUUUCAGUUCUUGUAAGAUCCCCCCCCAUGCACCACGUUUAUUCAUGUUCGUCUGCUGAAAACACACCGGCUGUUCUGUUUCUCUAUAUUCGGUUUGUAAAUAUUUUUUUAUGGACUGGCAGCAAAUGGGAUGCUCUCCUGUUUUAUUAAUAAAACUGGAUGGUGUCCCAUUUAAUUACCCAGUAUUAUUAUCUGCAUAUGAAAUGUCUAAAAUGUAACAUUUCAGCUUUUCAUAUCAUGGAAAAAAAAAAGAACUUUUAAAUCACACUGCCAUCCACAAACACGUGGCUAUACUUGAACUUGGGAUUUCAGGAAUAACUAGAUUCAUUUUAUGGUCUUUCUUUGGAAGUGUGCCACCUAAGGGUUAAUUAUGCUGUAAUGCAAUGAAAAUGUUUAAGUGGGAUAUGAGCAUUAAAUUAAGGCAUAGCCUUUGUUAAUGAGAUCACUGUUUUAUUGAAUUUUUGUAUUUUUUUUUUAUCUCAAAAGAUGAGCUUUAUUUAAGAUGCUCAGUUAAUGUGCAUUGGCUCCCAUUGUGGGUUUUGUACAGUUUUGGUUAGAUGGCGAAUGCGUCGAGGGGAAGGAAUGCUGCUUAAUUAAGAUACCAAAUAAACAUAUCUUUGGAUGAUUCUAAUAUGGUCCGUGUGUGUCAGGGAUGUGUGUCUCCAUCACUGAGGUCGAUGCGAUGCACAUCUCAAUGCAUUCCCAACGAUUCAAUGCAUUAAAGAUAUAUAUGAAGUAA